GCGCGCACGCCUCCUGCGCUCCGGGGCGAAUUAUAAAGUGGGUCCGGCCGCCGCAGCCCGGAAGGCGAGGGAGGCUGUAGAGGCGGGCCCCCAACCCUGCGCUGCGGCCGCGGCGACGCCGAGGACCGUGACGGUGAGCCCCGCGCCGCCCGCCCGCCCGCCUGCCUUGCUCUCCUCUCCCUCCUGGAGUCGCCCGCACCGGCUUUCUCCGACCAGCCUGUGCGCCCGGAACAGUGGCAACACCAUGGCGCGGUUCCUGAGACUCUGCACUUGGCUGUUGGCGCUCGGCCCCGGGCUCCUGGCGACCGUGCGGGCGGAAUGCAGCCAGGACUGCGCGACCUGCAUCUACCGCCUGGCGCGCCCGACCGAUCUCAACCCACUGGCUUGCACACUGGAAUGUGAGGGGAAACUGCCUUCUCUCAAGACCUGGGAAACCUGCAAGGAGCUUCUGCAGCUGUCCAAGCUGGAGCUCCCUCCAGACGGCAACAGUGGCCUCGGCAAACAGGAGGACCACCGCUUGCUCGCCAAGAAGUACGGGGGCUUCAUGAAGAGGUAUGGAGGCUUCAUGAAGAAGAUGGAUGAGCUGUACCCCCUGGAGCCGGAGGAAGAGGCAAACAGAGGUGAAAUCCUUGGCAAGAGAUACGGGGGCUUCAUGAAGAAGGAUACGGAGGAAGACGACUCCAUAGGCAAUCCCUCCGACCUGCUGAAAGAGCUGCUGGGAGAGGGGAACCAGCGAGAAGGGGCUCCCCACCAGGAGGGCAGGGAUGACGCAGACGUGAGCAAGAGAUACGGGGGCUUCAUGCGAGGCUUAAAGAGAAGCCCCCAGCUGGAAGACGAAGCCAAGGAGCUGCAGAAGCGGUACGGCGGCUUCAUGAGAAGAGUGGGUCGCCCUGAGUGGUGGACGGACUACCAGAAAAGGUAUGGCGGCUUCCUCAAGCGCUUUGCAGAGUCCCUGCCCUCCGACGAAGAAGGUGAAAGUUACUCGAAGGAAGUUCCCGAAAUGGAGAAAAGAUAUGGAGGAUUUAUGAGAUUUUAAUCCCCUUUCCCAUCAGUGAGCCCAGGCCCCAGCAAGCCUUCCUCCACCCCCCAGUGAGAGACUGCUUCGCCGCCGGUCGUGUUGUAUUGUCCUGUGUUGCUUGCAUUAUACAGUUGACUUGAUUGUCUGGAUAACUUAACUGUACAACCUGAAAGCUGUCACUCCAGGUCCUGUGUUCUUUUGAGAAUCCUUAAGCCUUUCAGUAUUGGUCUCUUGCAGCUGUCUUGUUUACAUGCUCAAAUCGUUUUUGGUAUUACCUUGUCCUUUAUUUUUGACAAAAUGCCAAUAAAUGCAUACUUGUAUGUAGAUAUAAUAAACCCAUCACCCCAACUGCA